AUGAAAGUGGUCGCCGCAAGGCAUGCGCCUCCCAGAGUGCGACGUCCUUACGCUCCGCAGGCCUGUGAUGUUUGUCGCCGAAAGAAGACUAAAUGCAACGGGGUCAAGCCCGUCUGUGAGUCGUGCGAGACAUCGAAGCGCCAUGAUGAGUGCUCUUGGACCGGCGAGAACGUCCGCCAGCCACGAACAGAGGCUCAUUUUGAGGCCAUGCGCAAACGUAUUGAUGCACUCGAGGCACACUGUGAGACCCUCGAGUCUAUGAUUGACAAAUGUAACAAGGAUCAUGGUGGACUAUCAUCUGGCGACCGCGCUACAUACCUUCAACUUAGACCGUCUCCUGAAUAUCAACAAGUGGAGAUAGAUGAAUCUGGCAAUGUUUCUCAGGAGUUGGUAGUUGCGACUGAGAAUCUCAAGCUAGAGGACCGUGAUCUAGUCAUAUACGGAAACGUUGCGCCUUUCCGCUUUGCCCCGGUUCCCGCCCAACGUACUUCCCGGUUCCCGGAGAUCAUAGCAGACCCUCAGGCUCACUACGUUCUCUGGCUCGAUGGGGUAUCCUCUUCACAUAUCAAUUCAUCAUUCGACUGGUCCCGUCACCUUCCCGUGAAUCUUCCCCUUACUCGGCACGAGCAUGAUAAGAUCCUCGACCUCCUUUUCAGUUUCUUUACCUCCUGGUGCCUCCGUGUCGUCCCUACCCUCUUUCUCCGCGACAUGUACCGCGCUAUCGCGUUUUCAGGAACAGUCAAGACACCCCACUACUCUCCAAUGUUGCAUAAUGCACUGAUUGCCCUCGCAACUGCAUUCUCCGACGAUCCGCACGUCAACAGUUUCAAGAUCCGGGAGCAAUACGCAAUCAAGGCCAAAUCGUAUCUGGAGGACGAGUGUGAGAAACCGAACAUUUGUGUCGUACAGGCUCUCAGCCUGCUUGGGAGUUUUCACUCGUCAAAUGGGGAUCAGAAUCUGGGAUAUUUGUAUUUUGGCAUGAGUACCAGGGUCGGUCAGAUACUGGGCUUGGAAGUCGACUGCUCCAAGCUUGUGACGGCGGGGAAGAUCAGCCAUGAUGAUAUGCUUGAUAGGAAUUGGGCUCACUGGACGGCCUUCAGUUUGGACGUCUGCUGGUCACUAUACGUCGGACGAGACUGCACUGUUCCCAUCCCCGCGCAUGUGGAAGAUAUACCUGUUCCUUUCGUCGACUCGGUCUUCGAUCAGAUGGCAUGGCAUCACCCUGGUGCCAACAUCCCACCCCAACCAAGUUUCUUAUCAAAGACAUUCGCGGCGACGUGUGAACUCUGUGUGGUAGCUCGGCGUAUCAUGGAAGUUGUGAACCGUCUAGGCACCCGUCAAGACGUUGUCAAUCUGGAGUUGAUCAGCAAGAUGGAUCUUCAAUUGAAUAACUGGAAGUCACAGCUAUGUCCCGAAGUCGAUAUCACGCCGAGUAACCGCAACAUUUCCACUCCACAUCGCCUAAUGAUGCAUCUCCUCUAUUGGCUGAUGUUUAUCCUCCUCCAUAGGCCAUUUUUCAAUCGCAAGGCCCGGCCGGUCUAUAGCUCCGGAUGCGAAAUUGAUCACAAGAAGUUGUGUAAGCGCGGUGCUGAGAACGUUCUCGCGAUCCUGCAGACUUGGCGUUCGCUCUAUACACUUCGUUACGUUCCAGUGACACUUUUCCAGGCCGUCUUCUCUGCUGGAACCGUGUUUCUCUUGCUCGGAGGGAUGUCGCUGGUCAAAGUCGAGCUGUGCAUUCAAUACUUGAAUGAGAUUGGCAAAUCAUGGAAGUGUGCUACUAAUAUUGGUGCCAUCUUACAACAGUUGUUGGAGAAUCAGGAAGGUGGGAAAGGCAAAGGAAAGGGGGUUAUAGAAGCAGUUGAUGAAGAGUUGCCGCGCUCGUUAUUACUACAGCAGUAUUCUCCUCCCUUGGGCCCCCCUCCGAAUCACCGUCCCCCUUUGGCCGCUUCUGUGGAUGACUUUCUUGACGUGGACUUGCUGUUUCCGGAUCUUCUUACGGGAGGGGAGGUUGAUACGAUGUAUUGGUCGCAGCAGCCGGAUGAUCCGGCUCUGUUGAGCACUUUGGCGAUGUUUCUGGAAGAGAAUUGCUCUGGGGCAGUCCUAUGA